AUGUCUCAUCCAUCAAGAUUGAAGCAACCUAAGCAUCACUAUUUAAAGCUACGUGUUAUGGAAGGAACAAAAUGGGAUCGUCCUUUUCCUAAACCGAAGGAAUACUGGAAGAAAUUUUGCGACGAUGAAGAGAAAAGAUUAAUUAGAGUAAGAAACUCAUUUCCAAAAUCACCCUACCUUCCAAUUAUUCCUAUUCUGCGCGAUUUGAAAACAGACGUUCGCGAUAUUAUAGAUUCUUCCGUUCCUCGAAGCUUCGAUGAAAACGUACUUCUCGUAGAUCCGAAAUCCUCCGAAGCGCCAGAUAUUUCUUCAAUAAGAGACAACGAAAAUUUUAUUUCUAACGCUAGAGAGCCAAUAGUUAAAAUCUCUCCUCCCACCCCAAAGAAACCAUCAAAAAAUGAUGCAAUCACAAUUGCUAGGACGAAUGCAGAGGAACAACACAUACUUGUUACUAUUCAAAAUAAAUCUACAAUCAAAAAAGUGGAUUCGUAUAAAGAACCAGAGUCGCUUGAUGUUUCUUCCAAAAAUUCUAUCAUACCGCAUGACGGAUCGAGAGAUGGAAGAAUAUAUUCAAAGAAGACGUGUCCUUUUCACAGAUAUGAACCCAUGGUGAAAAUUUUUGACGACGAUAUCGAAAGAUAUUUGACGGAAGAUCCGAGAGCAAACGUGUCGCUGGGAGAAAAAUUGAACAAAUUGCCACACGUGCAGAAUGCGUCUAAAUAUGAUAAAGAUAAGAACAGAAUAACUUCUGUCGAGAGUAAGAAGAUCAAAAGGGUUACUAUUCCACAAAAGGAGUGUUAUCUGGACAAUACUGUUGAUUUAACUACAAAUGCACUACCUAAUCUUCAAACGCAAUUGGAGCAGACGAUUGAUAAUAGAAUGCAGGAAUUCUUGAAUUACUCGCAACGAUGCGCAUAUAAGGCAUUGAAGCGCUUGACGCUUAACAAAAAUCUGAAUUUCAAACCCGAAGUGUGGGAGGAAACGUCGGUGAGAUCGCGCGCUUCCACUGACAGAUCGAUAAUAGAUACAAACGAGUCAGACGUGGCUGAGAGCGAAAGUCCUGAAUCCAGGACUCACAUCCCAGAAUUUCCUUUCUCACGCGAAAGGCAAAGAAGAUUGAGAGAAACGUGGGCUGCAAAUAUCGAAGAGCAAGGCGUUAAAUAUAAGCUGUUAAAGUUGAAUUCCGACAAAUCCUCCAUGGUUCCCGCAAAAUCAUUGACGAAGUCCGCCUUUAGCACAAAGUUCGCUAAGUACGAAACCUGGGAAAAUCGUUCAGCGAAACUCCUAGACGCUAUUCCGAGGAUUUCGUGCUUUCGACGCAAGAACCGUGAUAGGUGCUUAUCCUGCAUGCAUAAAUCCCUGCGGAAGGCGAACGAAACCGAAGCUGUCUCCUCGCGAGCGUUAUUGCUAACGGAAAUUGAAGCAAAAGACGAUAGCGAGUCCAGCUCCGACGGACUUCCGGAAUUUCGCGAGGAAUUGCGGAAGAUAUUAUAUUCUCAGAGAAAGGAAAUUCUAAGAUAUCCGGAAACGGUUGAGGAUGGGUCAAGCAAAUCAGCAUCGUCGUCGCUUCAAAUGGAGCAAGAAGAUACUGAGAUUUCGAUGCAGAUCGAUCCAAUUCAAUCUAAGGAUAAAACACCGAAACCCACUGAAAGCCUGCUAUCUAAAGAUCCAAAGAGCUUGAAAGCCACCUCCAGCUCGAUUUCAAUAUCGUCGGACAUUGAACAAUCAAAAAUUUCGUCCUCGGAGGUGCAUACCUCUGACGAUGAGACAUCAUCUCCACUGGAUAAUGAUUCAUCCCAAUACAAAAACAUGGCGCCCUGUCACUUACCUACGAUCUUGGUACCCAGCAUGGAACCUUUGCGAGCUUUGAGACACAAAAAACCGAUUAUCAUGGAGUCGCGAAUCGCUCUCAUGAAGACUGCGACUUUGAUGAAAGAAGAAUCUGACAAUGAAUAUUACGAUGACGAAGAAAUAACGAAGGAAAGACCGCCAUCUAAAACAACCAGCGAGAAAUCUGAAAAGGCUGACGAGAAGAAAGAUACACUCACGAAGACCACGAGUGCCCUCUUGAAAGUUAAGUCGCAGCAACAGCUGAUAUCGCCAAUCGUAGAAUCUGCACGAAAGGGUGAGCUGAAGAGAGGAUACAGUUACGCGAGCAUCAAGGAUUUAUCGAAGGAUUCUACGAGACGUACGUUCGAGAUUCCUCGAGGCAAGGAGGAAGGUGGGCAAGGAAAGGUAAUCCCCGUGGAGGAGAUAGAUUCCGCGAAAGGGUCGACUUCCUCCGACUCAGUGAAAGCGGAGAGAGAAAACUAA